AUGGUGGGAACGAGUAUGGUAGGAGCGGCAGAGGGUACCUUGCUGCAAUCCAAUAAGCCGCUUCCUCUCCCUUUUCCCAAAUUGUUGUUUCUUUUUCACUGCCUUUGCCACUACCGCAGCCGUCUUUCUCCCCACCCCGCCGUGGCACUUGGUGUGUUUCCUUUAGUUCAUCCCAUUUUAGGGCCUUUUCACCCAUUUUCUUCCCAACUUGACCAUCGUUCCUUCCCUUUUCUUUGUUAUAUAUAUCAAAACAGUAAGUCAUACCAAUCACCAAGUACCCGUCAGUCUGGCUACCACCACGCGGGCGAGCAGGCUGAAAAACGAAAGAGGCGGCUAACAGAAGAGCAGAGAGAAAAUAAAACAAAAACAACAACAACAAUAGUUAUUAGCGGGAGCGACAGAGUGCCGCCGUGGGUGGUUCCCGUGAGGAAAGGACUGUGGGACUUGUGUUCCUUGAGGUGUGCUGCUGUCGUAAGCAGCUAA